AUGAAUACAUCGAAAAGCGAGGCCCAAUGGAGCGACCUACUCCAGGAGAUCAGAGACAAGAUUCUCGAAUACGUUCCUGGAAGAUUCACAGGCAUUUGCAGGGACUGGCAAAACGCCAUCGAGCCAAGAAACUUUCGGACUCUCCAAGUCGGUUCGGACGAACACUCGCUGACCGCUCUAUCCAAGACAUUCCAUAAAAAGUACUGGCGACAAAGUUACGUUGAGCACAUCUGGUUCAAAAUCGAGUUACCGGACCAUUGCAUCAAGAAUCGUUUGAGACCUCAGUCUCAUGAAGAGAUCGCAGCGGACCGCGGAUGCUUCGCCAUCGCCAUCUACGUCCUCUUCUGUAUUAUCGAAGCCUAG